AUGAAGAGGAGGCGCGCGGGAGAUGUGGCUGAGGGCGUGGAAGGUGAAGCGGCGCAGGGCGGUGCAGGCUUUGACACGGGCGCGCGACACUACCGCGACACCAAGCAGGUCAAGAACGACCUUAAGGCCAUACAAGACGCGCCGACUCUGACCGCGCUGAUGGCGCUGGGAAUCGACCGCGACGACGCCCAGGAGCGAAGCUGGAAGGUGAAGGCGGGUCAGUGCGCCGCGUGCCUCGCCGGCGGCGGUGAAGACGACGCGUCGGUCCUCGAGUGCAGCUACUGCCAGCGCGACAUCUGCCUGGCCUGCCUCCAGCGCUGCGAGCUCUGCCAGCAGCUCUUCUGCCCCACCUGCACCACCACCAAUCAUGAGCUGCGACAGGACCGUGUGCUGUGUCUGUCGUGUAACACGGAAGACCUGAAGCAGAUGCAUGACCACCAGCAGCAACAGCAACAACAGCCGCAGCACGCGGCCCACCCGGACGAUCAGCCGCAGCCCAUGGACGAGGUCCCGGCCCAGUGA